UGCCCAACUAGACUCUCUGUGGAUCAGUCGAGCUGAAAUCUUGUAAGAAUGUCGGAAUCGAAUGAAAUAGUUAACCCAAAUGAACAUCUUGUCAUACCCGAUUGGAUCACUGCAAAGUAUUUCAAAACCGUGCUCGAUAAGGACGAACCGAACCAUGUCAAGGUGCUCAAAUUUACGCCUGUGGCGGCCAUACCGCCCGGCGAGAACUUUACCUCCAUUAUGCUGCGCAUUUACAUCGAUUUGGAAAUGAAAGAUGGCAGCACAAAAACAAAGACCUACAUCUUUAAGACGAUGCUGCCUAGCGAACGGGGUGGGGCUGAAAUAGAGAAUUUUGGCCUGUUCCCGAAGGAGCUGAAGAUGUACGAAACAUAUUUGCACGCUUUCGAGGCACUCUAUAAGGCAGCCGGUGAGGAUAUACAAAUUGCGCCAAAGUGUCUGCACACUGAGGAACGCGAGGGCUACAUUCACUUCAUUUUCGAGGAUCUGGGUGUUAAGAAAUUCCGAAAUGUGGACCGCAUUAACGGCCUGGACAUGGUGCAUAUGACAUGUGCUUUACGUAAGCUAGCCGAAUUUCAUGCAGCCAGCUCAGUUUAUGAGGAGCAAAAUGGUCCCUUUCCCAGCGAAUUUAAUGAGGGAUUUGUUUCACUCAACACCGAUAAGUUCAUUAAAGAAGGCUUUCAGAUGAAGGAGGUGUCCUAUAAAAAGGCAAUGGCCACAUGGGGCAUGAAGGAUGCCGAAAAGUAUAUCAAGAAUUAUCCCACUACAGAACAGUAUUGGGCCAUGUGUGUUAGUACUCUGGAAACUGAUCCCCAGGAUUUCAAUACCUUAACCCAUGGAGAUUUCUGGUCUAGCAAUUUGAUGUGCAAUUAUUUGCCUGACGGAAAUAUAGAUCAACUGAUCCUGGUAGACUUUCAAAUCUGCAAAUGGGGUAGUCCAGCUCUGGAUCUGUUGUUUUUCAUAACGUUAUCAGCUGCAAACGACAUAAGGCUUAAGGAAUUUGAUCACUUUAUCUGCAUUUAUUGGGAGCGUUUAAUAGAGUGUCUGAAAUUGCUAAAAUAUAAGAAGCCUUUGCCUAAGUUGCGUGAUCUACAAGCCUCCCUGUACAAAAAGAACAACUCUUUUUAUGCCUUCUUUGCCCUUACAAAUCACCUACCUCUAAUUGUGUUUCCUACCGAUAAGGACAGCAAUAUUCAUUCUUUGAUGGCUGAAACUGAAGAAGGAGAAAAUUUACGGCUUCGCCUGACGUCUAAUCCCAUUUAUGCCAAUAUUAUGAAGGAUUUGUAUCCAUUUUAUUACAAUCGUGGAUUGUUUAAUUUUGAUGACUAUAUAACAGAAUGAAUAAAACUGUUUGUCUUACACCUGCCUAUAAAAAAAACCUUUUGUAGACAUUGCUUAUCUUUAUCUCUUAAGUACGUGUUCCCUUAUCAUUUACUACGAUCCUUCAAAUUUUGAUAAAAACACAGCGGAAAUUAAAAGCUAGCCAUGCGUAGCCACAUCUUUCAGUA